AUGACUUCAGUAAUUAAUCCUAACCCUAAUAUUGAAACUAAUGAUUUUGAAGCAGACAACUUAAUUGAUACUCAACAAGAGAAAGUAACAAACAUUAGUCUUGAAUAUAAAUAUAAUAGUGACAAAAAUAACUUAAAAGAAAAAAAUGUAAGUAAUAUUGAAAAAAGAGAAAUAAUUAUAGAAGAUUCUUUUAAUGAAAAUAUAAAUAAAUACAAUCUGGACAUAAAUCAUAGAGAUAACGAUUACAGGAACAAUGAUAAAGGUGAUUUAAAAGUAGAAAAUGGAGAAAUAAUUAACAGUGGUAUAGUUAAUGAAAACAAUUACAAUAAUAACUAUAAUAUUGAAAACAAUGAAAAAGAUGAAUGUGAUAUAAUAACAGAAAAGAGAGAAGUGGUAGAUAAUUUAAAGUAUGUUGAAAAAGUAGAUACCAAAGAAUCAUCAACACCAUCAUUGAAACAGAAUGUUGGAAAAUUCAGCAAAUUAUUUCAAAAAACCAUUCAAAUCACUCAAAAUCCACAAGUUGAUACUUAUGAUGGGCAAAAAUCACCUACUAGCAUUUCUUCAUAUAGUUCAUCAGAUGACAAGAUAGAUUUUGAAUCAAGAACUUCAAAAUCUAGUUUUUCAUCCAUUUCAAUCAAUCAACUAACGGAUUUAUCCACGGAUAAUGAUGUUGAUUCUUUUGUACACAUCGAAGCUGGCACAAUUAAACAAAUGAUGGCUGCAUCUCUUGCUGAAAAUCCAGAGUUAAAUGAUAUAUCUUUGGAUGAUGAAAAUUAUACUCAAGAGUCAUCUAAAGAAUGGGGCUCGCAGGAGUGGAAUUUUCCCAAGGCUCACAAUUCAUUAAAAAAUUUUUCAUCACUAUUUAGCACAAUAUCAAAUGCUUCCUCCACAAUAACUUCUCCAAUUGCCGAUUCUCAUCAUAGGUCAAGUAUGUCCUCAGCAUCUAAUUAUGAUUUGUCGCAUGAAAGAGAAGAUCAGGCAUCGCAGGAAAUUUCUAAAGCCAAACGAGCCUCAUUACAAAGAAUUGCAGAAUUAAGACAUAGUUUUGAAAGAGCACAAAAUGAAGCUAAUGUGAAUGUACAAGAUGAUGAUGAUAUUGAUUGGGAAUUCUGGGGACAAAUUAUAUCUGAUUAUGAAAAUGUUUCAAGAACGCAAUCACAACAAUUAUCCAAAGCAAUCCAAAAAGGAAUUCCACGAGCAUUACGGGGUAUGAUAUGGCAAUUAAUGUCCAAGUCUAAAGAUGUUGAAUUGGAAUCCAAAUAUGCUCAAUUGCUCAAACAAUCAAGCCCUCAUGAAAAAAUGAUCAUAAAAGAUUUAAACAGAACCUUUCCAAAACAUGAGUUUUUUCAGGAUAAGGAUGGAGCAGGUCAAGAAGGUUUAUUCAAUAUUGUUAAAGCAUAUUCAAUUUACGAUCCUGAAGUUGGAUAUUGUCAAGGCAUUUCAUUUGUUAUGCCAGACGAAGAAGCAUUUUGUGUUCUUGUUAAAUUAAUGAAGCAUUACAAUAUGCGGUGUCACUUUUUACCAGGAAUGGAUGGUCUUCAACUUCGUCUUUUCCAGUUUGAUCAACUGGUUGAAGAAAUGCUUCCUAAAAUUCAUAAUCAUCUUUUGGCACAAGGAAUAAACUCAUCAAUGUAUGCAUCACAAUGGUUUAUGACGCUCUUUGCAUACAAAUUUCCAUUAUCAUUGGUGUUUCGAAUAUAUGAUACAAUUUUCACAGAAGGAAUCGAGGCUAUUUUUCGAUUCAGUAUUGCGUUAUUGAAAAGAAAUGAAAAAAAAAUUGUCGAAUUGAAUUUUGAACCUCUUUUAGAGUUUUUGAAAAAUGGAUUAUUUGAAAGUUAUCAGUUUACUCCUACCGGUGUAUUGGUACAAUUGAUAACUGAAACACAAUACAAAACUAAUGAAUUUGUUAAAGAUGCAUAUGAUAUUCAAAUCACAGCCGAGACACUUAAUAAACAUCUACAAGCACAUUAUGCACAUCAAGAAAAUGAGAGAAGAAGAUUAAUAAUAGAGGCAGGAACUGCUGAGAAAAUGCGAGCUAACAAUAUUCAUUUAUCCAACAAAGUCAAAAAUCUUGAAAACAGUUUACAAACACUUGAUCGUGAACAUGUUGAAUUAGCCAACGAUUUCAUCAGUACUAAGAUGGAACUUGCACAAUGCAGAGAUGAAAACGACAAUCUUUCUCAUCUGAUCAAAGACCUACGUAGAGGAUUGGUAGAUCAACCUAAAGAGAUUGAAAAUAAAUUACAAAAUCAAAUGGAUGGUUUAGUUAAAAAUAAUUUUGAUUUGAUAGAAAAGAAUAAUUCAUUGAAAGAUCAACUUGAAAAUUUAGAAAACAUGUUAACAGAGAUUAAGGUGAGGUAUGCAGAGAGUGAAAAUGAAAGAGAAACAUUGAAACAAAAAUGGAAUGAUUUGAAAAAAGCCUUGGGAUAA